CGGAGCCGAGCCGAGGGGACCGAGCCGCGGCGGGCGCGGGCGGGCGGCGGGCGCCCGGGCGGCGGCGGGGCCUGCGCGGCCUGCGGGCGGCGGGGGGCGGCCGGGCCGCGAUGGCGACCAAGAAGGCGGGCUCGCGGCUGGAGACGGAGAUCGAGCGCUGCCGCUCCGAGUGCCAGUGGGAGCGGCUGCCCGAGCUGGUCAAGCAGCUGUCGGCCAAGCUCAUCGCCAACGAUGACAUGGCAGAACUGCUCCUCGGGGAGUCGAAGCUGGAGCAGUACCUCAAGGAGCAGCCCCUGCGGCAGGGGGCCAGCCCCCGGGGUCCUAAGCCCCAGCUGACGGAGGUCCGCAAGCACCUGACCGCUGCCUUGGACCGAGGAAACCUCAAGUCAGAAUUCCUCCAGGAGUCCAACCUGAUCCUGGCCAAGCUCAACUACGUGGAGGGCGACCACAAGGAGGCGCUCAACAUCUAUGCUCGCAUAGGCCUGGAUGACCUGCCGCUGACCGCCAGCGCCCCCUACCGGCUGCGCAUGAUUGCUGAGGCUUACGCCACCAAAGGACUCUGCUUAGAGAAGCUGCCCAUCGCCUCAUCUGCCAGCAACCUCCAUGUGGACCGGGAGCAGGACAUCAUCACCUGCUACGAGAAGGCGGGCGACAUCGCACUGCUGUACCUGCAGGAGAUAGAAAGGGUCCUCCUUACUAAUAUUCAGAACAGAAGCCCUAAGCCUGGCCCAGUUCCCCACGAUCAAGAACUAGGUUUUUUCCUAGAAACAGGACUUCAGAGAGCCCAUGUCCUCUAUUUCAAAAAUGGGAACUUGACCCGGGGUGUGGGAAGAUUCCGAGAGAUCCUGCGAGCCGUGGAGACCAGAACAGCCCAGAACCUGCGCAUGACCAUCGCCAGGCAGCUUGCGGAGAUCUUGCUGCGGGGCAUGUGUGAGCAGAGCUACUGGAACCCCCUGGAGGAACCUCCCUGCCACUCACCCCUAGACGACCCCCUCCGGAGAGGAGCCAACACGAAGACCUACACCCUCACUCGGAAAGCCCGUGUGUACUCAGGAGAGAACAUUUUUUGCCCUCAAGAAAAUACUGAAGAAGCCCUGUUGUUACUGCUGAUUAGUGAAUCCAUGGCCAACCGGGAUGCUGUGCUGAGCAGGACCCCCGAGCACAGGAGUGACCGCCUCGUCAGCCUGCAGAGUGCCUCUGUGGUCUAUGACCUGCUGACUAUUGCCCUGGGCCGGAGGGGCCAGUACGAAAUGCUGUCGGAGUGCCUAGAAAGAGCCAUGAAGUUUGCCUUCGAGGAGUUCCACCUCUGGUACCAGUUUGCUCUGUCCCUCAUGGCAGCUGGAAAGUCUGCUCGUGCUGUGAAGGUGCUGAAAGAGUGUAUCCGCCUGAAGCCUGAUGAUGCCACCAUCCCACUCCUGGCGGCCAAGCUAUGCAUGGGCUCCCUGCACUGGUUGGAAGAGGCCGAGAACUUUGCCAAGACAGUUGUGGAUGUGGGAGAGAAGACGUCAGAGUUCAAAGCCAAAGGCUACUUAGCUCUGGGGCUCACGUACAGUCUGCAGGCCACUGACGCUUCCUUGCGAGGGGUGCAGGAGGUUCUGCAGAGGAAGGCCCUGCUUGCAUUCCAGAGGGCCCACAGCCUGUCACCAACGGAUCACCAAGCUGCUUUCUACCUGGCCCUCCAGCUGGCCAUCUCCAGACAGAUACCAGAGGCUCUGGGCUAUGUCCGCCAGGCUCUCCAGCUACAAGGUGACGACGCCAACUCCCUGCACCUGCUGGCGCUCCUGCUGUCAGCGCAGAAGCACUACCACGACGCCCUGAAUAUCAUCGACAUGGCCCUGAGCGAAUACCCUGAGAACUUUAUACUACUGUUUUCCAAAGUGAAGUUGGAAUCACUCUGCCGAGGCCCAGACGAGGCACUUCUCACCUGCAAACACAUGUUACAGAUAUGGAAAUCCUGUUACAACCUAACCAACCCCAGUGACUCCGGACGUGGGAGCAGCCUCUUAGACAGAACCAUCGCCGACCGACGACAGUUGAACACCAUCACUCUGCCAGACUUUAGCGACCCUGAAACAGUGUCAGAUUCCUCCUCCUCCUCUUCUCUCUCAAGAACCGAGCCUCCUCUCCAUCUGUUUGUGUCUUCUCAUCUCCAUUCUCCUUCCAAACCCGAUACUCUUGUGUGGCCCCCUGCAGCUCACUUCUCCAGUGACCCAGGGCCCCGCCAGGAACCCUCUCUGUGCAACUCUCCAGAUGCUCCCUUUCAUGGUUUCCCCUCCCUUUUUUCAGUUAGCUCAGUCCACGCCACAUCGGUUGCCGCCUCGAGAGUGGAGCAGGCGCUGUCGGAAGUGGCCUCAUCCCUGCAGAGCAGUGCCCCUAAGCAGGGCCCGCUGCACCCCUGGAUGACACUGGCACAGAUCUGGCUGCACGCAGCCGAGGUCUACAUUGGCAUCGGGAAGCCUGCUGAGGCCACCGCCUGUACCCAGGAGGCCGCCAACCUCUUCCCGAUGUCCCACAACGUGCUGUACACACGUGGCCAGGUGGCUGAGCUCCGUGGGAACCUGGACGAGGCCCGGCGGUGGUACGAAGAGGCCUUAGCCAUCAGCCCCACCCACAUAAAGAGCAUGCAGAGACUGGCCCUGAUCCUUCAUCAGCUGGGUCGAUACAGCCUGGCCGAGAAGAUCCUCCGGGAUGCGGUGCAAGUGAACUCCACAGCCCACGAGGUCUGGAAUGGGCUGGGUGAGGUUCUGCAAGCUCAGGGCAACGACUCAGCAGCCACCGAGUGCUUCCUGACGGCCCUGGAGCUGGAGGCCAGCAGCCCCGCGGUGCCCUUCACCAUCAUCCCCCGUGUGCUCUGAGCUGGCCUCACCGCCACUCAGGCCUGAGGUUCUGCCCGGGGCCUCCGUCGGGGUCAGACCUGCCACCCAUGGCUAUGAGUGAACGUGCCAGUGACCACAGGGAAUUAACCAAACCCCACUUUCCACCAUCCCUUCACCACCAUUGCCCUCCCCAUGCACAUGUCUGUCUCGUUGUCGCCAGCCCGAUGAUAGUUUUGGAAUCAACCCACCUCAUUCAACAGAGAUUAUGUGCCAUAUCUUGUUCGCUGACAUCUGAGUCUUAAGUAAAAUGAUUAUGGAAUUAAUCAGCAAAUGUACAAGACUAUACUCCAAAGUUAAAAAUUCAGUGGCAGAACAGAUUAUUUUUAUCAGAGCUGUAAAGAAAACUGUUCAUUCUCCCCGACCCCCUGCCAUUUCCACUCCUGCCCCACCCUUGGCCCAAAAACCAAAUGUGAAUUUUCUGUUUCCCACCUCAGUCCUCGUCCAAGCCAGGACACCAGCUGACAAUUUCUUGGUUUUGUUGUCGAUAACUGUUACCAUGUGAUGAAUUACUGUCCUCACUUAGAACAAAGCCUGAGUCCAAGAAUAUUUAUAUUUUACCAAUAUAUGCCUGUUACAAGAGAAGGAAAUAUGAGUUAUUUAAGUUUAACUUUUUUAUGUGAAUCCAGAGUUUAUUUAUCGAAGGAAAAAUAUGUACAAAGAAGUUGCAAAUGGAAUAUUUACCGACAUUCCUUAUACACGACAGACACUUAGCUAAAUGGGAAGAUGAUGUUAAUAAUAAAAUGAUUUUUAAAUGGA